CCACUCUCACCGUCUCGAAUGAAAGAGCUGUGUUGGUGUUCUCCAUAAUCAAGGCUCUCUUUUGCUUUAUGCCAUCUUUAUGUUCAAAUGUUGCCAGCUUAGCAAAUUACCCAAACUCAAUGGAAAACCGUCCGUCGUCUUCCGUGGAUGCAAACCUGGUGCUCUGACCGGUGCAUUCCCCCACUCCGACUGUUACGCAGUACGGCUAGAUCCAAAACACCCAGCCCUCAGAGUCAACCUCAAGAUCCUCCCACUCGUAUCCCAGCCUUUCUUGUCCAUCAAAGCAAUCCCCUUUGGCAUUCUCACCAAGCCAGAAAAUGCUGUGACGUUCGAGAGACCGGUGGAGCUAUGGAAGAGUCGCGUCGCUAGGCUGAAGGAUCCUCCUACAGAACACACAGAUAUCUCGCUUCCCGUGCACUUGCUUAUGCCGAAGAAAACCGUGCACAAGAAAAAGUAUCUCAGAGUCGAAAUUGCGCGCAAAGUCAAAACGGCCAUCGCACUCAUUUUUUCGAGGGGUUUGGAUGUCGGGAGUGAUGAUGGGCUGGUGCUGAAUGAUAGACAGACGAGGGGGGAUUGCGAUAAGCUGAUUGUAGAUGGAUGGAGUUAUGUCAUAUCGCCGCAGCUCGAGAUAUAUCGAAUGCCAUUCGAAGAUCUCGUCAAAGGAUUACGCAAAUCGCUGUUGCAGAUUUCGAGCGGCAUCAGGCAGUUGGAACAACAAUGGGCAGCGAAGGAUAAAUGCGUGUAUUCUGGACGACAAGAUGCGCGCUUUACUAGCGCUCGUCCUGGGAACCCGACUCUGGCUGAGAUGCGUGCCAAGAUGCGAGAAAAUGAAGAGAAGAGACGUAGGGUCGCUGAGAAUGAGCUUCAAUUCGACGACUUUUCGGCUGAAAAGACAGCGGUCUUAGAAACGCCUCUGAAUGAAGAAUCCCUUACUUCAAACGUGUCUCUGUCGUCAAACCCUAGCUAUUCUUUGCCUGAUCAUCUCCUCGACGAGUCUCGACAACACGACGCAUCGAGUAGUUUUGUGUCAGCAGCUGUUGACUCCUUCAACGAUAAAGACAAGAAUAGUCGGGCUAGGGUUCUCGAACAGAACGGCUCUCCCUCACCCUGGACAAACCAAAUACCAGAAAUACCCCUCGAGACAGUUCGGGACGGCAAUGCGACCAUUGCCCCUUCCCUCAAGAAGAAGGACAACUCUUCUUGGAUCUCAUUCUUGGACGACGUGGUUGAAGAUGCCGAGAAGGACAUCUUAUUCGCACCCAUCGAAGAUGAGGAGGAGCUGGAUAUUCAGGAUCCGCAGAAGAAUCAUCGGUACGCCUCAAGAUGGGAUGGUUUCCAUGCGAAUCACGGGUCGCGUCCAGCACGAAGAGAUAAUGGUAUUCCUGCGACCUCCGAUUUCCAACACAGACGAACCUUCCUCUCUCCGCCCGGUCCUCGACAAGGCUUGGCACAGCCUCACCCGACGUAUUCCCCUCCCAGAGAAGGCCUGGUCCCAUGAAGAACAGCGUUACAUCCCCCAUCCGAAGCGGCAAGCAAAGAUAAAGGAGGAGAAGUCGCAGCCACCGCCCUCACCACCACCCUCUGAUGGGAUGUCUGCGCUGGACCGUGCGAAGGCGAUGGUAGAUUCCAAGAAGCGGAUUAUGAUUGUUCCCCCUCCCCGACCUCGUAGGAAGUGAUUG